AUGAAUUUAAGCAUUACAGACAGUUCAUUGGAGAUUACACGAGCCCAAAGUCACGUUGCCCCGGUUCAGUUGCUCAACUUAGAACUUGGAGACAUCAUGGAACUCGUCAAAAAUCUUUUUUUUCCAUUACUUCUGGUUUCAGUUAUUUUCAUAUCAGGGCCGAAAUCUUCAGAGGGCGCAAGAGUCUUCACCAUCGUCAACUACUGCGGCCAAACAAUCUGGCCGGCGGUAUUUCCCGGUGAAAAUUUCAACGGCGGCGGAUUCACCCUAAAAACCGGGGAGUCCCGCAUAUUCACCGCCCCGGUAAGCUGGUCCGGCCGCAUAUGGGGCCGCACCGGCUGCAAGUUCGACAGCAGCGGCAACGGAUCAUGCGAGACCGGCAGCUGCGGCACCAGCUUCAAGUGCGGCGCCUCCGGCAACACGCCGGCAUCUCUGGCGGAGUUCACCCUGGCCUCACCGGACUUCUAUGACGUCAGCCUGGUGGACGGGUUCAACCUGCCGAUCACGGUGACGCCGAUCAACGGGAGCGGCGGAAACUGCAGUGCCGCCGGGUGUGACGGGGACCUCCGGCCGAGCUGCCCGAAGGAGCUGGCAGUGCGGGGAGGAGGGGGCCGCGUGGUGGGGUGCAGGAGCGCGUGCGACGUGUUUAGCACAGACGAGUACUGCUGCAAAGGGCUGUACGCGAAUCCGGUGACCUGCCAACCGACGUCGUAUUCGAAGAUCUUCAAGAAGGCUUGCCCCACCGCCUAUAGCUACGCUUACGACGAUCCAAGCAGCAUCUUCACCUGCUCCGCCUCCGAUUACGUCGUCUCCUUCUGCUCGUCCAGGAACCAUUCUGCUUGCUCAUACCAUAACGACAAAUUAGUGUGUGCAGCAGCAAGUGGAUUGAGGGUAAAUGGGAUCAAGUGGAUGAUGAUGGCUUUUACAUUGAUCAUCACAACUCUUUGGAAAACUUGUUGAAUUAACCUCAACAUAUAUGUCUAAUGCAACUUUUGAAGGUGUUUUCUAGUUUGGUAAUGUUUUAAACACAAUACAAAUUCACAUCCAAAAUAUAUUAUAGUAUACUAUAUGUUGAUUGGUAUUUGUUCAAAAACAUAUGCACCAAAAUUUCAAGCAUUCUUUAGCUCUCA